CGAACGACGGGAACGCCGAAAAGCGGAAAAUGUCUACAUUCUGCAGCAGCAAGCCGAGUUAACGAAGGAACUGCAAAGGGGAGAGGCACUGCGUGAGAACGAUACGUAACGAUUGACACGCGUGAUUGUUAACUUUGUUAUUCGAGGAUUUUCAUAAGGAAUAAAACAGCUGUGUGUAAAAUAUCUUUGAUAUCGCUCGGUUUUCACUCCAUUUCGUAUAUGCGCGUCGAGCACCUGUUAAGUGUCCUCCUCUGGGAACAUUUGAGUAAAUUUACAGCUUUUGCGCGGGCAUUAUGGCUGCCGACGAAGCGGUGGAACAACCGGAUUUAUCUUGCAUAGAGGAGAAUCUCAUGAGCUUAGAGAAAUUGGAUAGAGCAUCUCCAGAUUUAUGGCCUGAGCAAAUUCCAGGUGUACAUGAGUUUGUUGCUCAAAAUUCACCGCAGACAGAACCAUGUUUUUGGGCUGCGAUGUCGCAGGAUGACAUAAGCCAUGUGCAUCAACUGGGUAAUUUGUCAAUGACCGGGCUUAUCUCGGAAGUGAAAAGACUGCACGAUUUGGCUUAUCAGCUGGGUCUAGAAGAGGCUAAGGAAAUGACACGCGGAAAAUAUUUGAAUAUAUUUAAACAUAAAUAACUUAUUUUAAUUUGCAAACAAAAAUUUAUAAAUGCAAUAUUAUAAUUGGCGUUUAAAAAAAAUAGAUAUUUUUAUAUUUUUCCGAACUUAAGAAUUCUCCAAGAUCCAUCUUGUGUAUCUCUGUACAUUUACAAAAGCGGAUGGAAAAAUGGUGCUUGAGUCACAACUAGACCCAUAUGAUAGGACUCCAACCUGAUUAAAAAGAAAGGAAAAACAUAAAUAUGUGAACUACACGUAUCUGUAGUAUAUAUAAAUAUUUAUGUUGGUAACAUACCAGGAAAUAUGUGUCCGCAUAUCUGUAUAACAGAGGACUACCACUGUAACCUGAGCAAGGUUCACAGUUGCCUUUGGCGCAUAAUUCGACAGAUAGAGCUUGGCUUAAAUAGUCCGAGCACUGCUGCUUAGGUACGAGUUCUAGUUGUAAUGACUGUUGCGUCAAUGGUUGCGCUGAAUCACAGGGUUACAGCAUUUGAACAUUACAUAAACACAGCUUACAAUUUAUGCUUUAGUUUGUUCUAUUAAUACCUUUUUGACCUGACAAUUUUCCCCAGCCGACGACAGUGCAUGUACUUCCUAAGCUGACGUAUCUGUCUUCCGGUAUAAAGCAGAUUGGUUGAGCUGUGGCUGAAGAAGAUCGGAUAUCUUGCAUUUCAUUGAGAUUGUGAUCGUCACAGCGCCUUCAAUACGUCAUACAUUUAAGAAUUGUACAUACCUGUAAAAUCGAUGGCCUUCUUCAAGCGAAGUAAGGCGAUGUUGUUGGAGAAACUUGCGGCGUCGUAGCCCGGAUGUUUUAUUACGUACGAUAUGUCGUGGCUACUGGUAUUGCGUCCGCAAAAUAACUUAUUGCAAUCUGGAUCCGUCUCUGUAUUAUAUUCACCAAUAAGCACAGAGCAUCUAAACACGAACGAGGAUUAUCGUAAUUAUUGCAUGCUACAAUAUUUAAUGCUGUUAUACGAUCGAAAAUCUGAGUAACGAUAAUUCGUUAUAUUUUAUUUUCGACUGCUAUACGUACAAUUUGUAUCUGUCCGACUUCGCGAGUGCGCAUGUAGUUGUAGUCAAUACAGUACGCUCAUUAAUAAUCACGCCAUUGCACGAGUAUUUGAUUUCACCCGUUAAUGUAUCUAAAAGAGAAUUCUUGCUAACAGAGUUUGAAAACGCAUGUCUUAUAUAAUAAAAGAAAUACAUCUA